AUGCGUUACACUACUUCGGCACUCCUUGUGGCCGCACCUCUCGUGGCAGCCACCGCGUCCAGCAAGCGUGGUCUCUGCGUGGUUUCCACCGAGACAACUUCAGAUGACGCCAUCUGGACAAACAACACCGACCUGACUUGGUACUAUAAUUAUGCCGCUGUCCCUACACCUGACUACAAAAACAAGCUCAACUUCGUACCUAUGCUGUGGGGAGCACCGGAAGACCCGGCGAACGACAUGACCUUCUACAACACAGUUAGCAACCUGGUUUCGGAGGGACAAAACAUCACCUACGUCCUUGGGUUUAAUGAACCUGAUGGCUGUACUGGUGGAUACGGAGGCUCUUGCGUUAGUGCUGCCACUGCUGCUCAGGUCUGGAAGAAGCAGAUGGAGCCUUUGAAGCGCGACUUUGGCAUUAAGCUUGGUGCUCCUGCAGUCACUGGUGCUACUACCGGAUUCAACUGGCUGCAGAACUUCUUCACAGAGUGUGCUGCUCUUGUCAACAGUUCUGACACUGCUUCCAACACUACCUCUUGUGAGGUCGAUUUCAUUCCGGCUCAUUGGUACGGCAACUUCGAAGGAUUGGCCAGCCAUUUGGGCCAGCUCAAUUCAACCUACGAGAACAUCAGUGCUAUCUGGGUUACCGAAUUCGCGUGCGCCGACUGCUCCCUCGAGGACAGUCAGACCUUUGCCAACCAGAGUUUCGAGUAUCUCGAUCGCAUCCCGUACAUGCAGAAGUACUCUUACUUUGGUGCUUUCCGCUCGUCUGUCUCUAACGUUGGACCUAAUGCAGCUUUCUUGACCGAGAAGGGUAAGCUCACCGACAUCGGUGCCAUGUACCUCAACAAGGCAUCUACUGGUGCCGUUCCUCACGGUUCUGCCAGCACUGUUGCUAAGUUCGCUGGAUGGAGUGGUCUCGUUGCUGCCACUAUUUUCUGGAGCAUUCUGUAA